AGGAAAAAAGACUCAUAAUGAAGGUGAAGAAAACUCUUCUUCCUUCAGAAUUUCAAAAGAUAGCAAAUCUAAAGCGGGAUCGAAAAUUCCAGACUAGAAUAAAACAGUUGUAUGUACAUACAUGGGACAAAUGUUAAUGUGGCUUAAACACAAUAUGCAUCCGAAAGCAAAGGCAUAUACCAAAGAUGAAUCAAUGAAAUUAAUUAGAAAAUAUAUUGAAAGAAACGAUGAAUAUUUGAAGCUAAUUGCAAUGAAUCGUUCUAUGGGAAGAGGCACGCAAUAUGCUGAAAGAGACGAGGAGAAGAUAAAGAUGACCAGAUGGGACGAGCAGGCAAUGUUCGACACUGAUGGAAUUAGAAUUCCAGACAUUUUAUGUCCAAAACAAUGCAAAUUGUUAAAGAACUGGAAUGGUGAUUUGAACCUUUUACAUACCUUUAAGUAUGCAAGAUUUAGAAGUAAUAGAAUAAUCAAGAAUAGAAUGAAUUUUCAUUUAUAGUUUCACACGAAAAAUAACAAAGCAUUAUCAAAAAACCAAAUAACAAAGCAAUACUAAAAAUACCAAAAGUAUCAAAAUUGUAUUAAUAUGCAUUUAGAAUAUAAGGAAUAAAGUAAAACUAAAGCCUAGUCUAAAAUUAUAUUAAUCUUUUCCAUACAAACGAUAUUUCGAGUCCUUUCAAUUUUUAUUCAUCAUGGAAAUUUCUAACUUCUAAAGUUGUUCCUCACUCCUUAACUUCUUCUAAAAAAUCUGCACAUAAUGGAGAUCUUCGUAUGAUAGGACGAAAUUAUCAG